AUGUGGAACCACGGAGGCCUACACGGGGUGUCUCGCGACUCAGUACGAUUCCCGAAGUUCGUCUCCUACGUCAACGAGGUCAUGAAGAGGGAGACAAAGGGGAGAGACCUCGGAUGGUCGUCGUUCAUCGUCACAAAGGACAUUGCUACUACAAUCCACCGCGACGCCCACAACCUCUUUGGAACCUCCGUUUUCACGGUGACCCUGGGAGAAUUCUCCGAAGGCGGUGUCUGGGUCGAGAGGGACUGCAGCGACGACCCUCUACAUCUCCCAGUUGAAUGGCGCCCUGGUCCUGAUGGUGAUCCCCUUCCGGGCUACCUCGUGUCUACCAAGAACCACCCGUAUGUCCUCGAUCCGAAAAGGAGACACUCUACAGAGCCGUGGACUGGUGAACGAUGGUGCGUGUCGUGCUUCACCGGGAGAGCCUUCCCCGACACCGAUGCUCGAUUGCGCGAUGGCCUAAGAGAACUCCGUUUUCCUCUCCGAGGUCUCUCACAUGUUCUCAAGCAGAAGGACGAGAUCUACGCGAGGACCACCAGGCCCAUCAAGAGCACGAGGAAGUCCUUGUGGAAGAAUGCACAGCGGCUGGUGACGCUGACUGCCUGGUGUGCCAUGGUGACGUCCACUUUCGUCUCUCCUACAUUCCCUCCGGGACAUGAUUCGGAAGGAGUCACCCUUCUCGAGAUCGGGGGAACGAACAAAACUUUCGAGGCCCACGACUACGGCUAUUUGACCGCAGAGCCCCUGGUAGCUGAAGACUUUCUUGGAGUUCAAGGAUUAUCCACAGCGACCGCCGUGAUCGACGAGCUCCAGCCCUCUCGGCUCUGGAUUCACCUCGCUGAGCUGAGGGGUGGCCUUGAACGGGUCUUGAGUGUCGUUCAGAGACAACUCGCCACUGGGCGGGGCGCGGUGCUUGAAGGAGGACUUGGAGAUGAAUGCUGGUCUUCCGACUCCAUUGGGGUCUUCCUCGACUUGUACGACUAUCGAUGGGAACGCGGACCCCCGGACACAUGGCUUCUUCACUUCAAUCCGAGCGAGUUUGAGGAUGUGGGGGACCACGACGAACCCAGCGACCAGUUACGACGUUAUCUACUACAACGUGAAGGCCAGACCGAUGAAGAUCAACAAGCCUACGUUGUCGAUUCUAGGCCAGGUCGUGGUGAGGAACCGGUACCGGACCGAGGCGGCGGAGGAGCUCAAGCAAUUUCUUUCUCGAAAGGGACUCCCAUCAAGAAGGAAGUCCAGUCUGCCCUCAAGCGCCUCCACCAGAAUUUGGGACACCCCUCCAACGAGGACUUGGCGCGCCAUCUGAGAGUUGCUGGCGCUGGAAGCGAGGUCGUGGAAGCCACAAAACGUCUACAGUGCCAAGUGUGUGCGAGAAGCAAGAGGGCGAGUUCGGCUAGGCCGGCCUCUCUCCCCAAUCUCCUCGACUUCAACCAGAUUGUCGCCGUCGAUGCCUUCUCUACCUACGACUUUGCCAGGCGCCGGUGUGAGUUCAUGAUGGUGACCGAUCUCGGUACCGGGUUUUCAUUGGUUGGGCCCCUCACAGGGCAUUCGACCCAGUCUAUGGAGCGUGACUUCUGCACUAUUUGGUCAAACACUUUCGGGGCACCAGGUACGCUUGCCUUGGAUCUGGAAUCGGGUUUGCAAGCCGGUCUCGGCAGGUUUUCCGAGUGGCACGGGACGAAGCUUCGUCCCGCGGCGGGACAGGCACAUUUUCAGCAAGGAGCAGUGGAGCGUGCAAUUCAGUCCUGGAAGGCGAUUUGGAGAAAACUCGUCGAUGAGCACUCCGUGGGGAGAAACGACAUCCAGAUGGCAGUUACUGCCAUCAACACGGCAGUGAACACCCGCAAGCGAGACUCCGGAUAUAGUCCCGCUCAGGCCGUUUGGGGGCGAGAUCCUGCGUUACCUGAAGACUUGUGGGGAUCGGGCCACGGGGAGCAGAUCGACCAUGUGAUCACUCGCGAUCGCAAGCGCGCCCGCGAAAUGGCUCUGCGCCUCGGGGCCAAGGAAGCCUUCUUCAAGAUCCAGAACGACAACAAGUUGCGACGAGCUCUUCUUCAACGGACGAGAGUGGCAGGCCCGGAGGUCCAAAUUGGAGACUGGGUAUACAUGUAUCGGAAGCCCAAGAACUGCAAGGACUGGAGGUGGAUUGGUCCAGCUACUGUGAUCGGACGCGAAGGUCCGAACCUCUGGGCAUCCUUCGCGGGACGUUGUCAUCUCGUAGCUCAAGAACAUCUACGUUUGGCUACAGGAGAAGAAAUAGGCGGGGCAUUUACGCUCCGCUCUACCAAGGAGGAUUUGGAGCGCCUCCUGGACAGGGACUUCGCAGAAGAGGAGAUCUACGUUGGGAACGACGACGGCGAUGCCGAUGAAGGACAUCGCAUUCCUGGUGCUAUCAGCGGCAGAGCUGAGACUGCGGAGGAGGAGGACACCGACAUGCCCUUCCUAGACCUACACGGGACUGAUCCUCCUGGCGACGAGGCGGGCCAAGGACCCACCAGAAGGAGGAAGCGCAAGAAAGGGCCCCCGGAUGUGAGCCUCGAGGAUAUGCCGAUGGUCCCCGACUCCCCCUUGGUCUCCGAUGACGAAGACGCAGGCGGCUUGCAGAGGGGUCACGGUUCUGGCAUUCUUCACGAAGCACACAUGUUGAAGCUUCCCAAGACCCCCCGGGGCAGAGAGAAAGCUCUCGAGAAGGAGCUGCCAUGGGCUUUUAUCCCCACUUCUCAACACGAGGCCUUUCGCGCUGCUGAGCAGAAACAAUGGGAGGAGCACAGGGAUCACUCAGCCCUAGAGCCGCUUUCUGUAGAGGCUAGCCGGGAAGUGAAUGCCACCAAGGGUGACAGGAUCCUUGGAAGCAGGUUCGCCUACCGUGACAAACACUGGAGCAAGAGAAAACAGAACAGCGAACUUCCUUGGAAGCCGAAGGCCAGACUCGUGAUUGCCGGCCAUCGGGAUCCAGAUUUGUCACUGGGCUUGUCUACCCACGCUCCUACAAUUUCGAGGCAAGGAAUCUUCCUGUUGCUGCAGCUCUUGGCCAGCAACCUAGCCGGGGGAUGGACAGGACACGCCGGCGAUGUGAGCUCGGCCUUCUUAUGUGGACAGGAACUACAGCGGGAGCUCUACUUGAGGCAACCGAAGGUUGGCUUAGGGGAUCUUCAUCCUGAACAACUUCUUCGGAUAAAGAGGCCGAUCUUCGGCCUUGUCGAUUCCCCUUCCUCCUGGUGGGACACUCUACGUUCCACGCUCCUCGAGACCGAGAUUUGCGACGAGGAUGGAAAGGUCUGGCACAUCCGCCAAUGCACCCUGGACCACUGUAUCUUCAUGGUGCAGGAGUACCGAGGGAAGGACGAGCACGGGGAGGCGAACUACGAACGGCCUACCGCCUACUUGGGGGUACACGUGGACGAUAUUUUGCUCGUCGGGAUGGACACCCUGUGCUCCUUGGUCAAAAAGAAGCUCAGCUCCGUGUUUCCCAUUCCGGACUGGGAGUCCAACAGCUUCGAGUACGUCGGCUCCUUUAUCGAUAUCGGCGCCAACGAGAUCAAGGUCUCUCAGUCCAGCUACGUGAAGACGAGACUCUUUGAGGUCGAGAUCGACAAAGGGCAAAAGGACUGGGAACCUGCGAGCGAGACCCAGAAGCACGACAACAUGUCCCUGGUGGGCGCUUUGAGCUGGCUGGCCAGUCAGAGCAGGCCAGACCUUCAAGUCGGCGUCUCCUUGAGCCAGCAAUGCCAAAAGAACCCCUGCGUAGGGGACAUCCGCUUCACGAAUGCCAAUGCGAAGCGAGCCUACGAGCACCUCGACGAGGGGGUUUUGAUCAGGCCGGUCGACCUCAACCAGGCCGUCCUUUUGUGUUACCACGACGCUGGAUGGGCAAAUUGCCCCCAGGACGAGGACGAUCCCUACUACGCGUUGACGCCCGAGGAGAAUGCGGACGGCAUCAUGGAGAACGGGCCCUACGACUUCCACCUUCGGAAGGCCAAGAGAACGAACUCCUGUAUAGCCUCUCAGUUGGGUGGACUCUAUCUACUAUGUGACAAAGCGGUCCUCUUAGGAGGAAAGCACAAGGUCAGUCUCUUGGACUGGAAGAGCUCGGCUUGUGACCGAGUCUGCAGGUCUACAUUCGCUGCUGAGACCAUGGGAUGUGCGACCGCAAUCGAGACGGGGGAGUACAUACUCCGCUUUCUACAGACACUCGUUGACGGCAAGUUGGCGAGGACUUCUACCCCCUUGCGCUACGACAUCCGGUUUCUGAGUGACUGUAAGAGUUUGUACGAUAACCUAACGAAGGAUGGCAUACCUCGGCCACCCUCCUGUAAGCGGCUUGCAAUAGACUUGGCUGCCAUCCGUGAUGAUUUGAAGACUCUGGGACGUCUCGCCUGGGUCCCAACAACGGCCCAAAUGGCGGACCAUUUGACAAAACCCUUGAGAGCAGGGGACUGGUGGGCCGUCCUUAAAGGAGGGCUCAUGUUGACGUUUAGAGAAGGAGGAGAUGUUCUUAACCAGUGUCAAUCUGUGAAGCGCACCGCUGUCUGA